AUGAACUACGCAAAAACGUCUGUGUCAUGUCUUCUGCUGAGUAAUCAGCACCCGAUUGCUCGUGAACUCUCUCGGUCCCCUUUCCCAAUCACCGCCGUCUCCUCUUCCCCUACUCGCCACGAUGCUUGCGAUCGCCUCGCCGCACCUCCACGGCUCCAUGCAACACCUCUCCCUAGCGGUUCCAACCGCGUAGGCCUGCUGCGGCGCCCGCUUCCCACGCCGGCGCCCGACCUGGUACGCGUCGCUGCGUGCGGCUUUGACGGCUGCGGCGGAAGCCGCCCCGUCCGCGAAGGAGGGAGCCGAGGAGUUGGGGUUCCAGGACAUAGCUUCCAGGACGCGGCGGAGGUACUACAUGAUCGGGGGUCAUUCACCCCAUCGAACACAUGUGCUUUUGAGAUAUUUUUUGUUCACCACCACCAUGAUUGGAUGAAGCAAUUGCAAUUUCAAAGGUUAUCAAAUUUCACGAAGCACAAGAGUACAGCAUGUUUAGUCGCAUUGUGUUUGACACUACCCCCCACGGUAAUGACCAUAUCAUUGUGUAUCCAAAGCCAUACACUCUGGCUGCUAUCCUUGCCAGAUUUCUUGGAUGUGUCCAUUGGGAAAAUCUUGAAGCUGAGGAGCAAGAUUGCUUCUGCAACAUCAGCUAUUAAAUCAGUAUUUGGACAAGAGGUUCAACAGCAGGAUGCAGCCAACAAAUUGGAGCAACUCAGAGAAGGGAUAGUCAAAGUGCGAGAGCUUUUUCGUGACACGGAAUCAACAGAGUUUAUAAUCAUGACAAUCCCAACGGUAACAAUUGUGUGCCUAACUCUCCAGCUCCCUGCCAGGCCCACCGUUCAAACAUGCAAGAGGGCUUCGACAAGGCGAUCCCCUAUGACCGGCGAUGUUCAUUCUUACCAUCGACCCCCUACAAAGAAUGAUCUCAUUGGCUGCGCAACAAGGGAUCCUAAAGCCCAUCCUACCGCGCUCGGCAAAAUUCAGAUGCUCCUUGUAUGAAGAUGAUGCAGCUAUCUUCGCCAACCCCGACAAAGAAGAACCGAUUUCUCUACAAGCAAUCAUCAAGGUCGUUGGUGAUUGCUCGGGUUUAGUCACCAACCUAAGCAAAAUUAAAAUCUACAAGAUCCGACGCAAUGAACUACCUAUGGCUGAAAUACUAGAUGGAUUCCCUAGAAAAAUUGGCUCACUACCAUGCAAAUAUCUCGGACUCCUCUUACAUACCAGAAAAGUGAUAAGAGUAGAUGUCCAACUUCCAGUUGACAAAAUUGGCAACA